AUGACCACCUCCGAAUCCCUCGCUUCCCCUCCCCCCUCUUCCAACCCCUCCUCCAUCUCCACCCCCACCCACAUCCGCAUCUUCACCCUGAACUGCUGGGGCCUCAAAUACAUCGCCAAACAUCGCAAUGCUCGUCUCGCUGAAAUCGGUCGCCGGUUAGCCAUUGCGGAUCCUGCCCCGGAGAUUGUUGGCCUCCAAGAAUGCUGGACCCAACAAGACUACGACUCUAUCCGCCAGCAAACCCGCCACAUCCUCCCCUACGGCAAGUUCUACUACGGCGGUAUCUGGGGCGCCGGCCUCGCCAUUCUCUCCAAAUGGCCCAUUGAAGAAAGCAGCAUGUAUGGCUAUCCACUUAACGGACGUCCGACGGCCUUCUUCCGCGGCGACUGGUACGUCGGGAAGGGAGUUGCCUGUGCGCGCAUCCGCUUCGGACCUGGAGUCCAGGAUGUCGCCGAGGUCUUUUGCACGCAUCUACACGCGCCCUACGAACGGGAACCCAACGAUUCAUAUAUUUGUCAUCGGACGGCGCAGGCAUGGGAAAUCGCGAAACUGAUGCGGGGUGCUGCGGAGCGGGGUCAUCUGGUUAUUGGUCUGGGAGACUUUAAUAUGUUGCCGUCGUCGUUUGCGCAUCAAUUGGUCCAGGCGCAUAGCCCGGUCCGGGAUGUGUGGCAGGUCCUGCAUCCAGAUUCAUCUGUUGGAGCGGCCAUUGAUCCUGUGGAGCAGAAACGGGGGAAGCCUGUGCCGUCGGCGGAGUUUAAUAUCCUUGAGAAUGGGGCUACCUGUGAUGGAAAGUUUAAUACGUGGCGCUGGGAGAAGGAGGAUCAAAAGCGGUUAGAAAAGGGUGAGGAGGUGGUGGUCGAUAAGGACGCUCCGUGUCCGAAGGGCAAGCGGUUGGAUUAUAUCUUCGUUGGAGACGGCGGGUAUGCUCCGUUGUAUCCGGCACCGCGGUGGUCGGUUGAGUCGACCCGGCUGUCGAUGACGGAGAGACAUCCUACGCUGCGGUGCUCGUUGAGUGAUCAUUUUGCUGUCGAGGCGGUGAUUACUCGGGUUGGGGUUCAGGUGGAGGGAGAUACUAAGGAGAAAUCCGUGGCUCCUAAUACCUCCCUGACGUCGGAUACAUACGAUAUGAUCCUCGAGAUGAUCCACAAGUAUGUGCAACGAGAGCAGUCGCAGCUGCGCUGGCGACUGGCACAUUUUGUGGCGUCCGUGAUUGUGUCAAUUGGUUGUUUCAUUGGGGUCUGGUGGACCGGCGACCAUCUACCCUACGUGGCAUUCAUCUUGGUGCUGGUGAGCACGCUGAACUUUGGUGCGGGCAUCUUGGACGGACUAAUCGGGGGACUGUUUAUGUCGAGCGAGCUGCGCGCGCUCAAGGAAUUUGAGUGGGAGGUACAGAAUGCGAAGCAGAUUGCAGCCUAA